AAAAAUAAUAACUCAUGGAGUUACCUAAAAGAACAGAACAUAGACAACCUAGAUUUCCUGUGCCUAAAUUCAGAUUAAUAGGAGCAGGAACUGAUACACCUGAUUUCCUUCCUCCUUCCAAAUCUGAAGAAUCCUCAAUCAUUGCAUUAUCCAUUGAUAAUAUGUCUGAAACCUCAAUCGAAGAAACUAAUGAAUCAUAUUUUGCUAGAAAAAGAUUUUCUGCUAUCGUUGAAGAAAUAAAAAAUCAGCUAUCAUAAUUAGGAUUUAGUGAAGAAUUAUUAAAAAUAACCAUUCCAUUAUUAAGGCCUGAACUACUUGUAGGAUUGAAGUAAAAAAAGUAUAACGCUAUUGCAAUCGCAAUUAUUGUUGCUGUUCUUAAAUAAACUAACACCCCAAUUACAUUAAAAGAACUUUUAUCAAAAACAUCUGUUUCUGAAAAACAAAUUAAGAAAAUUCUUUAAAAAAUUAAUUAUUCAAAUAAUUUUGAAGCUAUUGUUUAAUCAUUCAUUAAAUAAAUAUCAAGUUCUCUUGGACUAAAUGAAAGAUUUAUUAGUUUUUGUCUCUAGAUGUUUAACGAAAUAAAUCAAAGAAAUCUAAUAUAAGGAGAACAUGAAAAUGUAAUAGCUGGAGCCAUUAUUAAAUAUUGUGGAGACAUUAUCUUUGCUGAUAAAGGAGGAAUAGUAGCAUAAGUUAUAGCGGAUCAUUCUAAAUGCAGUAUUGGACCAUUAAAGAACUUUCUGAAAAAAAUUGAAUCAAAUUUGCCAUUUAGUUCUUAAAAUUAAAAGGAUAAAUGA